UUUGGCGUCGCAUUUAAAUGGGCGUCGCAAACUAAUCAUAGCUCUUAAAAUUUACCUUUUAUUUUGUACCUCAAACCGAUUAAAAAUGUUUUAAUUAAAAAUUAAUUCAUGCAAUUAACUAUUGUCAUUAUUGGAACAUUAUGUCAGUCUGACACAUAAUAUGUGUUUUCUACUAAAAUUAAUGGUAUUAAUAUUUUUUUUGAGCAUAGUUUUCAGAAUAAUUUAAAAUGCAUUGUAAACAAAUUAAAUUGGGCGAUGUCUGGAGAACAUGCAACAAGAUUCGAGCUGCUAUUUUCCGUAUGGGAAUAAACCUCUCCGAAUAUUUCAAACCGUUAGAUCCCAAUGGAAAUUGCUUGAUUUCUGAAUCUCAAUUUAUAUCGGUGGUUCAUGGACAGCUUGGAGGAACUAUCGGAUUAUCCGAACAAGAAGUCGCAGAGUUAGCCGAUUAUUUCAGAGUUCCAGAUGGGCGAAUUUACUACACACAAUUGUGUGAUGUAAUAAAUGACAGUGUUCCAAAUUUUUCUGAAAAUAGUGAUAUUACCACUGGCUUAGAAUGGAAUGACCCACUACACACAAACAGGCUGAGCAUAUCGGAAGAGAGAAGACUAUGCUUACUUAUUACGAAGAUUGCGUCCCUGGUCAAUAUGAAAAAAAUGAUCUUGAGACCAUACUUUCAGGACUACGAAUUGGUAUCCAAAAAUAACGGUACGAUAACGAUAGCGCAUUUCGCCAGAAUUCUAGCUUAUCUGAACAUACUGAUAUCACCUGACGACUUCAACAUUUUGGUGAAGAAAUACUUGAAGGACAGCUACACAUUAAACUAUGUAGCCUUCAUCCAUGCCAUAGAUCAGGUCAUCGAAUAUCUGGAUAAACACGGCAUUAUGGACUUAAGUGGGGAUUUCAUGGCUGUGUUUCCCGGAAGAAUCAUAAACGCCGAACUGCCCAAACUGCCCAGGCCGGAAAUAGGGAAGAUAAGCGCGGCACGAUUGUUCGGCAAACAGAACAUUUUUCACCCGGCCCUGGAAGAUCCGAAAAAAAUGGAACACAUUUUGACCACGCUGUCCAUGAUUCAGGAGCACGUUCUAAGGAACAGACUGAGAGUCCACGUUUUCUUUAGGCACUUCGAUUUGUUGAAUUCCGGACGAAUAACUGUGGACCAGUUUCACAGAGGAUUAGAUGCUCUGGCUCUAAGUGGAAAGCAAAGGUUUUUCCUGUCACUGCCUGAUGUAGAGGCGGUGAUCAAUCAAUACAGGGACCCCUGUGAUCCUACCAGAGUGUGCUGGAGGACUUUUGAGGAUGAUAUCGACCACGUAUUCACAGUUAAAGAACUCGAGAAAACGCCAACUCUAAAAGUUGAUCCCCCACCAAAAGAAGUUCGAGAUCUGCCAAAAUUGGGCGGAAAAAAUUGGCAAUUGGUGAACACAGAACACAGGAAUCUUUGCGAGGAUGCCGUGUACAAAGUGAAACAGAAGAUCAUUAAUAGAAGGAUUUUGCUGAAACCGGUUUUUAAAGAUUUCGACAAGCACAAUAACGGCCACGUCAGUCGAAAUCAAAUGAGACAGGCGUUAAACUCCAACGGAAUCUUGUUGUCGGACGACGAGUUAUUUGCUCUGGAGGAAAGGUUCAACAACGACAUGGGCUUCAAUUACUUCUGGUUCUUGAGGGAGGUUGAGCCAAAACCCAGCGACGAACCCUUGUAUGUCGGAUUCUUGAAAGACAUGAAACGUCUAAAUUCCGAACAACCGACAAAACCGGCUUCUAGACAAGAGAAGGAUAUUGUUCAAAUCAUGGCCAAAAUCAAAGGGAAAGUCGUUAGAGAGAGGAUAAGAGUUUUAGAAUUCAUGAGAAAUUUCGACAGGUGCAAUCAACAAGUUAUUAGUAGGGAAGAUUUCCGAAGGGGUUUGUUGACGUGUAGAUUUGAGCUCACUUGCAAUGAAAUGGAAACAUUAAUAGAUGUAUUCGCGUCUCCGUUGCGUAGAGAAUGCGUAGACUAUCGACGAUUUUGCGACGUCGUCGAAGAGGCUUUCACGCAACCCUGCCUAGAGAAAACACCCCUUAUAAUACCGGUGCAACACGUCCCGACAACAGACUGCGAGAAGAACUUCCUAAACUUCGAGGAAAGAUUAGUUCUGGGCGUAGCCAUGCAAAAACUAUCCAAGAAACCCGAUUUACAAAUGAACUUGUCUUCGAUUCUUACAGAUUUCGACAAAACAAAAUGUGGCACAGUGACCAGAACAAACUUCUUAAAGGCAAUCACAUUACGAGGAAUGUACAACUUGAUAUCAAACAACGAAUUCGAUGUUAUAUGCAAAUGCUUUGGAUUUGAAAGAGGAAUGCACGACGAGGUGGAUUAUAGAGCUUUCUUGAAGGCUUUAGAUAUAUUGUAUGCUACAGAUAAAUAUAAUCCAUUCUAAAGCA